GUAACUAUUCCCCAGGUCAUUGCUGUAAAUGAGAACGUGUUCUCAGUCAACUUACCUGGUAAAAUAACGGAUACAUUCAAAAUAAAAUAAAAUAUAGGAGAGGAGAACAGAAGACAUGACCAGAAACAAGGCAAUUACAAUGAGAAGGAUACCUAGCACACACACCACACACACACACACCACACAUACAACACACACACAUACAAAGAGACCAACUCAGACACAUGCACAAACACUUGUAAAUCUGUUGACAGAAACACACCAAACACAAACACGCACUCAGAUGUCUUUGCUCAGAGAACACUGUUCGCCAGAGCCAGUUCCAGAUCAAGAGGAAUGUGUUCAGGAGGCAGCCAGGAUAUUCACACACAUACACACACACUGGACUUAGACCUGCAACCUCCCACUUACAGCAUGCAACAAAUACACACAUAUCAUCAGAGCAAGACCAGGAAGACAGAAGUUAACUGAACUGCACUCUACAUACUGCUUUGACAAGAGGUGGACACUCUCUUAACAAAGCCAAGUGGACCUCUGCUUGGAGCCACAUUGCAACUUAUCACUUGGUGUGAGCAACACAGUCUCUCAUCUGGUCUGAGCCAGAACAAGCACCUGGAACCUGGAACAUUGACUGUGUCCAACACGUUUGGGGCUUUGACCGCCUUCAUCCAGGAAGAUUACAUACAGAUAGAGACCCGGAUCUGACCUUUGUCUCUCCCCUCCAUCAUUCUCUCUGGUCUCUCUCUGUCUCUCCCCUCCAUCUCCCUGUAUUUCUCUGUCUCUCCCCUCCAUCUCUCUCUCUCUCUGUCUCCUCACUCUUCCAUCCUCCCAGUAUGAUGAUGAGAAGAGAUCGUCUGCUCCUGGCUGUGACCCUCACAGCCAUUUUCACCGCUGACCUCUACUUCGUCCUGCUCCCCAAGCUCCGCCAAAGACAACCAGGACCAGGGAAUGGAGCCUGCCUCUGUCCCUCCUCCAGGGGGACUAACUUCACCCUUGCUGGGUACAGUGGCCUCACUAUCCCCUGGUUCUCCAACAUCACCUCCAUAGACCUCCAGGGUAAGGGGGUCGGAGCUACGGACAACCCCACAGAUUGGGGCUCGAAGCUGGGAAGGCUGUUUGCUCACCCCCUGUAUAACAUUCAGACACCGGAGCUGGGGCUGGAAGAGAGGCUGAUGCAGUCUGAAGAGCUAAUGGAGUAUUACAGGAGGAAGGUCUCGCGCUGGGAACGGCAUAUGAAGCUGUACAGUGAGGCUGCAGCGGCCCUCAAUGUGACAAUGCUGGAACACCAGGUGACCUUUGACCCUGAGGCAAGCUGGCUGAAGUUCCACCUGGGCAUCAACCGCUAUGCCCUGUAUGCCCGUGAUGACCCCACCAUCACCCGCCUGCUGCAAGACAUGCAGGCCACCACUGUCAUCAGCGCAGAUUACACUCAAGAUGAAAAGGCCCUCAAAGGAGCAUGUGACUGUACCCAGGUGGUAAAGCCCAGUGGACACCACCUCAAGCUGGCCCUGAAGAUGCAGAACUUUGGCAAGGCCAUGUUCAAACCCAUGAGACAGCAGAGAGACCAGGAGACUCCUGGUGAUGUGUUCUACUUUGUCGAUUUCCAGAGACACAAUGCUGAGAUUGCUGCUUUUCACCUGGACAGAAUCCUGGACUUCCGGAGGAUACCGCCGGUGGUGGGCAGGCUGGUGAACGUGACGGGGGAGAUUCUCCUGACCACUCAUAACGAGGACCUAAGGAGUGUGUUCUUUACCUCUCCAGCAAACAACACAUGUUUCUUUGCCAAGUGUCUGUACGUGUGUAAGACGGAGUAUGCAGUGUGUGGGAGCCCUGACCUGCUGGAGGGCUCCAUGUCAGCCUACCUCCCCGGUCUCAGCAUUGCCCCUCGUAUCUCGCUCCCCAACCCCUGGAAACGAUCAUACACCUUCACUGGCAGGGAGGAGUGGGAGGUGAACCCCUUCUACUGUGACACCAUAAAGCGUCUGUAUCCCUACAACUCAGGGAACAGGCUGCUCAACAUCAUAGAUAUGGCCAUCUUUGACUUCCUCAUCGGUAACAUGGACAGGCACCAUUAUGAGAUCUUCACUAAGUUUGGCGAUGAAGGUUUCCUUCUUCAUUUUGACAACGCCAAAGGGUUUGGGAAGCAUUCUCAUGAUGAGAUGUCCAUACUGGCUCCACUGUCACAGUGCUGCAUUAUAAAGCGUUCCACGUUGCUGCGGCUGCAGCUCCUCUCACAGGACCACUAUAGGCUCAGUGACGUGAUGAGGGAGUCCCUGGGAGGAGACGCACUGCAGCCGGUCCUCGCUGAGCCCCACCUGCAGGCCCUGGACCGCCGGCUGCAGGGCGUCCUGAAGACAGUCCACAGGUGUGUCCGCAGGCUGGGAGAGGCUCAGGUGAUCACCACAGACUUUGUUGAUACCUCCGUCAUGCCUGAGUCUGUCAAACCAGCGGCUAUGCCCAACAAGGAGAAGUAAUUAAGGUUACUUAGGAAUCCAAACGGAGAAGUGCACUAUAAUAGAGGAUUAGGGUGGCAUUUUGGACGUAUCCCCAAGUCCUGCAAGGGAAGGUAACUAUAGACUAAGGACAGCCUGGGGAUCAUAAUGGCAGGUGAACCUGUCCUGUAAAGCAGGAAGCACAGCGUCUGGUCUCUCUCACAGAGUAAUACAUUCUGCACUCGUUUUCAGUGGUGUCUAUUCAUGGAUGCCAAGGGAAGACAGGCUUCCCCCAAAAUCAAAAAUAAAUAUAUAUGUAUAAAAUAAUG